GUGGCUCUCAACCUCCAAUCGACGUGCUUGGCGCGCUUGUGUGCUCGAGAGCUAUAUUUCACACGCCGCCCAGACGCUGGCACUGCUCCACCUGCCGUCUGUUAACUGCCUCAAGUCCUGCUCGAGUGCCGAGUGAAUGUUGAACUACGCCCGCCAAACACUGAAAAGAGUCCCUAGUUUCCAGGAAAUUCUGCAAGGCAAGAUGGGUUCCACCAAGGAGGAAAUCAACGUCGACGUGCUCGUCAUCGGUGCUGGUCCUACCGGCCUGGGAGCCGCAAAGCGCCUCCACCAGAUUGACGGUCCCUCAUGGCUGAUUGUCGACUCCAACGAGACCCCCGGAGGUCUGGCCUCUACUGACACCACGCCCGAGGGCUUCCUCUACGACGUCGGUGGCCAUGUCAUCUUCUCCCACUACAAGUACUUCGACGAUGUUAUCGACGAGGCCCUCCCCCGCGAGGACGACUGGUUCACCCACCAGCGUAUCUCCUACGUUCGCUGCAAGGAGCAGUGGGUCCCGUACCCCUUCCAGAACAACCUGUCCAUGUUGAACAAGGACGACCAGGCCAAGUGUGUCGAUGGUCUGAUUGACGCCGCCCUCGAGGCCCGCGUGGCCAUCACAAAGCCCAAGGACUUCGACGAGUGGAUUCUGCGACAGAUGGGUGUCGGCAUUGCCGACCUCUUCAUGAGGCCCUACAACUACAAGGUCUGGGCCGUGCCCACCACCAAGAUGCAGUGCCAAUGGCUCGGUGAGCGUGUGGCCGCGCCCAACGUUAAGGGUGUCAUCAACAACAUCAUCCACAACAAGACCGCAGGAAACUGGGGCCCCAACGCCACCUUCAAGUUCCCCGCCAGGGACGGAACCGGUGGCAUCUGGAUCGCCGUCGCAAACACACUCCCCAAGGAGAAGACCAGCUACGGCGAGAACAGCACAGUCACAAAGGUCGAGGCCGAUGACAAGCGCGUCACACUCAAGGAUGGCCGUGUUGUCAAGUACAACAAGCUCAUCAACACCAUGGCUGUUGACGCGCUCGUCGACACCAUGGGCGACAAGGAGCUCCAGGCUCUCAGCAAGGGCUUGUUCUACUCCAGCACCCACGUCAUUGGCGUCGGUCUUCGCGGUGAGCGACCCGAGCGCAUUGGCGACAAGUGCUGGUUGUACUUCCCCGAGGAUGACUGCCCCUUCUACCGCGCCACCAUCUUCUCUAACUACUCGCCCUACAACCAGCCUCAGAAGGACGUCAAGCUGGCUACACAGCAGCUUGCCGACGGCUCCAAGCCCAAGUCCACCGAGCCCCAGGAGGGCCCAUACUGGUCAAUCAUGUUGGAGGUUUCCGAGUCCAGCAUGAAGCCUGUUGAUCAGGAGAACAUGCUCAAGGACUGCAUCCAGGGCCUCAUCAACACUGAGAUGAUCAAGCCCGAGGACGAGAUCGUUUCCACCUACCACCGCCGCUUCGACCACGGUUACCCCACCCCGUCGCUGGAGCGUGAGGGUGUCCUGACGAAGCUGCUCCCCGCGCUUCAGGACAAGGGCAUCUACUCGCGUGGUCGCUUCGGUUCGUGGCGUUACGAGGUCGGUAACCAGGACCACUCGUUCAUGUUGGGUGUGGAGGCCGUUGACGCCAUUGUCAACGGUGCUGUUGAGCUGACACUCAACUACCCCGACUUUGUCAACGGCCGCAAGAACGAGGAGCGCCGCCUCCAGGACGGUGCCCAGAUCUUCAAGAAGGUCGGCGACAACUCUUUGAACAAGCAGGACUAGACGGCCUGCAGGCUUAGAUUUUGACGAGCGCACAUGAUUUUGGGACAUUACGGGAUACCACAUAGCAGCAUCUGGGGUUUUGGAACAGGCAGGCGUUCGCAUCGUAUGCGAGUGUCCUUGGGUAGAUAGCAAGCAUGUGCGGCAUUGAGUGUCUGCUGAGCCAUGUGCUACAGCAGGCACGCUCUCAAAGCAUCGCAAUAGACAUUGUAUCACCUCCACACCCUCACCCCAACACGCCAUCCAAGCCACGUCUUUGCACACCUGUCAUCUGGCCCUACGUCGCCGCCAACCAAC